CAGCAUUUACGCCUUACAGACAGGCGAUAUGAUCAGUGCGAUCGGACCGUGCGUAGAGCGUGUGCCGUGUAAAGUUCCUUCGCAAUGGACGGUGAAUUAAUCUCAAUGACAGAUUUACGUGUAUCACCGAAAGAAUUCCUUCAGAGAAAGAUUCUACGCCGUCCAUGUCGCGGAUACUUCCGCGUCGCGUCUUGUCGCGUCGCGUCGCGUCGCGUCGCGUCGUCGUUUCGACAAGUGCUGCAGGAAAUCUAGGAAACCGAAUUAGGAUGAAAGCCAACGUCACAGGGGGUUCUCCUUAUUCAAGGAGGGUGGUCCAGGACAGAGACUCAGAGCAGACUCAGGGUGAUCGGGUAUAUAAGCUUGCGUUUCCGCGAUUCAGGUAUCACUCGACUCGCUACCAGCUCUCAGAGUCCAAACCCUCGUUUGUAACAAACAACACUUGCUCGCCGACUCAUUGUCCACCCAAGUCUUUGUUGCAGAUAUGAAGAACCAGACCCGUGUUACUAUUCUCCUCCUUGUCGUGCUCGCUGCGUUUGCCAUAGCAGCGUCGACCGGCAGCUCCAACCGCAUUGGAGUCUGCAUAAGGAAUUGCGCCCAGUGCAAGAAGAUGUUCGGCGCUUACUUCGAGGGACAACUCUGCGCUGACACCUGUGUCAAGUUCAAAGGAAAACUCAUUCCUGACUGUGAAGACGCCAGUUCAAUUGCACCUUUCAUCACCAAAAUUGACGACGAAUAAAUAUUUAUCUCGCCCUCGCUUCACCAUGCAGCCGUUUCCAGUCUAUCCGCCUACAUUUUACUCCUUCUAUAUCUGGAUUAACUGGUUUUAUCACUCUCGCCAAGUCUUCGCUCUGUCAAGUUAUACUGAUAAUUUGGAAACUUGGUUGUUUUUACGGAUGAUAACGCAGAGAAAUUCGUUUUUCACCUAGUAGAUCAUACUUCGUAUUCAAAAGAUAGAUCACGAUCAAAUAUUCUCAUGCCGAUAAUCACUACGGAUAUUCUUCGCCUGAAUUUAUCUGUUUUAUUCUUACUCGCUUGAAAUCAUUCACAAAUUGAAAACAAUUCAUUAGUGUAGACACGUGUUUGAGGAUAACUUUGUUUAUUUAUUUUUACUUUUUUUUUUCAACUACCACCACUGAAAAUAAUUCGAAGCAUUGGAAGUUAGAC